AUGCCACCUCUCCUAAAAAAUGUGACAUCUGAAGUAAUCUUCAUUCUCUUGGGCUUCUCAGAAUACCCGGACCUCCAGCUGCCCCUGUUCCUCAUGUUCCUGACCAUUUAUACAGUCACUGUGCUGGGGAACCUGGGCAUGAUUACCAUCAUCAGGGUCAAUCCCAAGCUCCACACCCCCAUGUACUUCUUCCUUACUCACCUCUCCUUUGUUGAUUUCUGUUACUCUACUGUGGUAACUCCCAAACUAUUAGAAAACUUGGUUAUGGAAGACAGAACCAUCUCCUUCGCAGGGUGCAUCAUGCAGUUCUUCUUUGCAUGUUUAUUUGUGGUGACAGAAUCCUACAUGUUGGCAGUGAUGGCCUAUGACAGGUUUGUGGCAGUGUGCAACCCUCUGCUCUACACAGUUGCCAUGUCUUCAAAGCUGUGUUCCAUUUUAGUGGGUGCAUCAUACUCUUGGGGUUUCAUCUGUUCCCUGACACUUACUUACUUUUUACAGAAGUUAUCAUUCCAAGGAGUUAAUGUUAUUAAUAACUUUCUCUGUGAGCACACUGCUAUUGUGGCUGUAUCUCUCUCUGAUCCUUACAUUAACCAGGUGAUCAUUUUCGCCUCUGCUACAUUUAAUGAAAUAAGCACCCUGAUCAUUAUCCUUACAUCUUAUAUUUUCAUUUUCAUCACAGUCAUGAAGAUGCCUUCCACCGGGGGCCGUCAUAAAGCCUUCUCUACAUGUGCCUCCCACCUGACUGCCAUUUCCCUUUUCCAUGGGACUAUACUUUUCCUCUACUGUGUUCCUAAUACAAAGAGCUCAUGGCUCAUGGUCAAGGUGGCCUCGAUCUUCUAUAUAGUGGUCAUUCCCAUGCUGAAUCCUCUGAUUUAUAGUCUCAGGAACAACGAUGUCAAGAAGACAUUCAGGAAGCUCAUGAGUACAAAAAUAUAA